AGAACUGUAACUAUCCGCGUGCUGCCUGUCGUCUUCCCCUCACCAGUUCCCACCCCGGCUCUCCUCUGCUCCCGCCUCCUCCCCCUUCGCCGCCGCCGGAGCCCGGAGAGAUAGAGGGGGGGGGGGGAAGAGGAGCACGAGAUGGGCCAGCGGCUGAGCUGCGCCGGAUCGAGCUACGACCGUGACUUCUUCACCGCCGUCCAAGCGGGCCACUUGGAGACGGUGCGCAGCGCCGUCGACGAAGAUCCCUCGCUGCUCCGGCGCACUACCGUCUACGAUCGCCUCUCCUCUCUUCACAUCGCCGCCGCCAAUGGGCACGUCGAGAUUUUGUCCAUGUUGCUGGAAAAAUAUGCGAACCCUGACAUCGUUAAUCGACAUAAACAGACUCCGCUGAUGCUGGCCGCGAUUCACGGGAAGAUUGCCUGCGUGCAAAAGCUGCUCGAGGCCGGAGCAAAUAUCCUGAUGUUUGAUUCGAUAAAUGGAAGAACUUGUCUUCAUCAUGCUGCUUAUUAUGGCCAUUCGAAUUGUCUGCAAGCCAUUCUAUCAGCCGCCCCCAUUUUGGUUGCUGAUACUUGGGGAUUUGCUCGGUUUGUAAAUGUCGGAGAUGACAACGGAGCGACGCCUCUACAUCUUGCAGCAAGGCAACGACGGCCCGAGUGUGUUCACAUUCUCUUGGACAAUGGAGCUCUUGUUUGUGUUUCAACCGGCGGAUAUGGUCAUCCUGGGAGCACCCCUUUGCACUUGGCCGCUCGUGGAGGGAGUUUGGAUUGCGUACGUGAAUUGCUUGCAUGGGGAGCUGACAGGCUUCAGAGGGAUUCAUCUGGGCAAAUACCAUAUGUUGUAGCUCUGAAGCGAAACCAUGGAGCAUGUGCAGCUCUACUAAACCCAUCAGCAGCUGAGCCUCUGGUUUGGCCUUCUCCAUUGAAGUUCAUCAGUGAACUUGAUCCAGAUGCAAAGGCUUUGCUAGAGGCAGCUCUGAUGGAGGCUAACAAGGAAAGAGAGAAGAAGAUCCUAAAGGGAACAAAAUAUUUGGUGCUCUCUCCUGCCAAUUCAGAUGAAGUAGUUGAUGAUAUGUCUGAGGCAAGUGAUUCCGACCUUUGUUUCAUCUGCUUCCACCAAGUCUGCACGAUCGAGGUCCGAGACUGUGGGCACCAGAUGUGCGCUCACUGCACGUUGUCUCUGUGUUGCCACAACAAGCCCAACCCAACAACCUUGUCCGUGCCUUCACCAUCAUGCCCCUUCUGCCGUUGCAACAUUUCUAGAUUGGUGGUUGCCAAGACAAAGGCCGCAGACGAGGGGGACAAUGCCACCAACUCAAUGCUAAGGAGGUCUAGGAGGUCUCGGAACUUCAGUGGUGGAAGUGGCAGCUUCAAAGGUCUGACUUUGGCUAUCGGAUCAUUCAGUAGGAUGGGUCGUGGCUCUGGGCGCAUUAUGGAUAGCGACGAUACUGUGGACAAGCCUUGAUAAUUGCAUUCAGGUUCAUAUGUCUACCAGUUCUGGAGCCUCCAAUAAGCAUUGCAGAGGGAGUCGACUGCUAGUGUAGAAUCUUGCACUCUUAAAGGAAAAUUAGUCAUCAAAUAAUUAGUUUCGUUUUAUAGCUUGUGUUGCCAGUUCUUCUCUACUACAGAGAUGGAAGUCUAUGGUUCUUUUGGUAAAACAAAGGCAAUAUAUGCCUAUCAGGGAAGUUUUCAGAUCCAUCUAAGUAGAGAGAGAGAUCCAUUUGGUAACUUUCCUACAUCAUGGACUUCCUGUCUGCUUGGAAGCAUGAUGAAUGAUGUAAUGUAAAUUAACAUUUCAUUUAUAAGUUUUGGGUGUUGGCUUGA